UCAUGGCUACCAAUCGUAUUGACAUACUGGAUUCGGCUUUGCUUCGACCAGGACGUAUUGACAGAAAGAUUGAGUUUCCACCUCCAAAUGAGGAAGCCAGAUUAGACAUCUUAAAAAUCCAUUCCCGUAAAAUGAAUCUGACGAGAGGUAUCAACUUGAGAAAGAUAGCAGAAUUGAUGCCUGGUGCUUCCGGUGCUGAAGUGAAGGGUGUUUGUACCGAGGCUGGUAUGUAUGCACUGAGAGAAAGAAGAGUUCAUGUUACUCAAGAAGAUUUUGAAAUGGCUGUAGCUAAG